GGAGUGCGGAGGAGGUGCCGCUCCCCGACUUCGUGGCCCACGAAGGGGUGGAGGUCAGGGGCGGGCUCCCCACCGCCGGCGCUGCUCGCCCUGACGGCUCAGCCCCGCUACCAGGAGAGCCAUCGCCAUGGAGACCCCCGAGGCUAUAAAGCCAGGUACCCCCGGCGAGCGGCGGCUCCCGCGCCUCUGAGCCCCCCGAGGAAGGAGCAAGCGCCCUGGCGUGGCCCGGCCCCCGCUCGAGGGGAGGAGGCGGAGGAGCUUGACGAGCGGCGCUCCCCGCCGGGGCUGGAGGCAGGCGCGCACGGCGGGCGCCACCGUCUCAGCAGGGGUGCGGGUGAGGGGCCCGGCUCCGAGCCAUGCGGGACUGACAGGCGCCAGACGUGGGGGAAAGCGGCGGGACCACCAGCAGGUGGGGGGCUCCCCCCACCCAGCUUCGGCUUCCGUCGUCUCCGGGGCGCGCCGGGCGCCGGGCUCCAGGCGGACACCACCUCCAGGCGGGCAGCCCGAGGAAGGAGCGGCGAGCCAGCGGGCUCGCGGCCCAGGAGCGGCGGGGCAGCUGGAGCCGCACGGGUACGAGAGUGGGCAGCACGGGACCCUGGGCCGCUGCCGCCCACGUGCCGAGGGCGCCGCACCUGAGCACCCGCGGCGGCCGGAGCCCGGAGGGGUGCGGGAACAGGGGCGCCCCCGUGCGGAGCUGCCGGGCCGCCUGGGCGCGGCGGCCGGGGCCAUGCUCAAGCCCAAGGACCUCUGCCCCCGCGCGGGGACGCGCACCUUCCUGGAGGCCAUGCAGGCGGGCAAAGUGCACUUGGCCCGCUUCGUGCUGGACGCGCUGGACCGCAGCAUCAUCGACUGCCGCGCCGAGCAGGGCCGCACGCCGCUCAUGGUGGCCGUGGGGCUGCCGGACCCCGCGCUGCGCGCGCGCUUCGUGCGGCUCCUGCUGGAACAGGGCGCGGCCGUGAACCUGCGGGACGAGCGCGGCCGCACGGCGCUCAGCCUGGCGUGCGAGCGCGGCCACCUGGACGCCGUGCAGCUCCUGGUGCAGUUCAGCGGCGACCCCGAAGCGGCCGACUCGGCGGGCAACAGCCCGGUGAUGUGGGCGGCGGCGUGCGGCCACGGGGCGGUCCUCGAGUUCCUGGUGCGCUCUUUCCGCCGCCUCGGGCUGCGCCUCGACCGCACCAACCGCGCGGGCCUCACGGCGCUGCAGCUGGCCGCCUCCCGCGGCCACGGGACCUGCGUGCAGGCGCUCACCGGGCCCUGGGGCCGCGCAGCUGCGGCGGCCGCGGCCCGGGGCUCCAACUCCGACAGCCCCCCCGGCCGCCCAGCGCCCGCGCCCAGCCCCGAGCGCCGACGACCCAGUCCCCGCCGCCUGCCGCGACCUCUCCUGGCGCGCUUCGCGCGAGCGGCCGGCGGCCACGGCCACGGCCACGGCGGCGACGCCGGCUCGGGGGCCAAGAGCUCCGGACGACACCGGGCGCAGGGCGGCGAGCGCCCCGAGCUGGGCCGGAGCAUGAGCCUGGCGCUGGGCGCCGUGACCGAGGAGGAGGCGGCCCGACUGCGCGCGGGAGCCCUGCUGGCCCGACCCAACUCGCCCCAGUCGGGCUCCGGGAGGUGGCGUUCGCACGAGGUGCUAGAGGGAGCGCCCCCAACCUUAGUGCAAGCCCCCAUCGGCCUUAGCCCCCACCCCGAGGGCGGCUCCGGCUGCGGCCGCUUGGGUUUGCGCCGACGUUCCACCGCCCCAGACAUCCCCAGCCUGGUGGGCGAUGCGUCCGGCUCGGAGGGCGGCCCCGAGGCGGAGGCCAACGCUCUCCCCGAGCCGGCGGCGUCCGAGCAGGAGGGCACGGAGGCCGUCGUGCCGCACGCCCAGCGGUAAAUGGCGUGGACACCCGGCGCUGCCCCCUUCACCCUCCAGCCGCUGCCCCACUGGGCAUUCUCUUCCAGGCCCCUCACUCUUCUGGCAGUUCCCCACCAGUCAGCCCAGAACCUGCCCACUGCCAAGGCAGGCGGCCUUCUCUCUGAAAGGGAGCCCUGUCAGAUCUUUUUGUGUUUGUGUGUGCUUGUCGUGUCCCCUGCUAUCUCUGCCUUUCCUCUCCCGGGAGGCGAGGACUAGAACGCUGGUUCCAUAGGCUACAGCUUUU